AACGUCGUUUGAGUCCGAACUCCUUUCGUCUCCAGUCCCGCUACUCUCCGUUGUCUCUCCCACUAGAGGAGCACUCUCCAACCAAACGAGCAGUCAAGCAGGCCCAAAUUUUGCUCUCCAAAAAAUUUUCAGUAAUGUCGGCUCUAUCGGCACUAAGGUACCGCUUCAACUCCCUAACUCAAACCCUAACCGCCAUAAACCAAUCCCUCAAUCCCCACACCCAAUCUUCAAUUCUAGUUCCGAUUUCCAUUUUAUCUUCCCAUUAUUCCUCGAAGCAGCAAAGUAAUGACAGAAAUGAGGACAAGAACGAUGUCGUAUCACUCUUCAACAGAGACCCAACCAGCCCACCUCGGCUUUUCGUGGUCCAGCCUCGCCUCCGCCCCGAUACCUUCCUCCAAGCCAAGCUGAACGAGGCUCUCUGCCUCGCCAAUUCUCUCGAGGAACAACGUGAGGGAUACUUUGAGACUGAUUUCUUCGAUAAGGCCUUGCCUCCUCAUGUCGUCGUUCAAAACCCAAUACUCCGAUCCUCUAGAGCUCGCGCAGACACAUAUUUUGGUCCAGGAACAGUGGAAACCAUCAAAUGCCAUCUCUAUGCAUCUGAGUCCAAGGGCGAAGUGGAUGCUGUGUUUGUAAAUUCUAUACUGAGUGGGGUUCAGCAACGAAAUUUGGAGCGUGCAUGGGGUAAACCUGUGUUGGACCGCGUUGGCCUUAUAAUAGAAAUUUUUAAUGCUCAUGCCCAUACAAAGGAGGCAAAGCUACAGUCUGAAUUGGCCGCCCUCAUUUAUAAGAAGAGCAGGCUUGUUCGCGUACGAGGCCCUGAUGGACGCCAUACUUUUGGAACAACAGGAGAAGCCGAAGUUGUUAGUGCCCGAGGGAGGGGAAGUGGAGGACGUGGCUUCAUUAGUGGUGCUGGGGAAACAGAACUCCAAUUGCAACGGCGAAGAAUAUUAGAAAGACGCAACCAUUUGUUAUCCCAAAUUGAAGAGGUUCGUCGAACACGAGCUUUACAACGUGCCGCUCGCAAGAGGCAUGGUGGAUUUCAGAAUAAAGGUUUAGCCACUGUUGCUGUUGUAGGGUACACGAAUGCUGGAAAGUCUACAUUGGUCAGUGCUCUCUCAGAGAGUGAGCUUUAUAGUGAUUCUCGAUUGUUUGCAACACUGGAUCCAAGACUGAAAAGUGUUAUUCUUCCUUCAGGGAGGAAAGUGCUCUUUAGUGAUACCGUGGGAUUUAUAUCAGAUUUGCCUGUGCAGUUAGUGGAAGCAUUUCAUGCAACCUUGGAAGAAGUAGUGGAAGCAGACCUUCUUGUGCAUGUAAUAGACUGCACUGCUCCUAAUCUCGAGGAACAUCGCACAACAGUGUUGCAAGUUCUUCAGCAAAUAGGAGUGUCGGAAGAGAAACUCCGGAGUAUGAUUGAAGUGUGGAAUAAGAUUGAUUAUGAAGAGGGAGAAAUGGGCGCUGAUGAUUCUGUAGACGAUGGUGGUGCUAGCAGCUGGCCUGUUGAUGAAGAUGAUAAUGCAUCUGAGGUAUCAUCAGAACUAGAAGAUGACAGGGGCAAUAGUAAUAGUUCUUUAGUAAUGGAAUCUAGUAAAGAGGAUUAUGAAGAGACAAUAGAGAACAUGCAAGAAAAUUACUCAGAUGGCUGGCUGUUGUCAGAAGAUGACCAAGAGAAGGUGGGUGACCAUUGGUUGAAGAGUUUGGACGAGCAACGAGGUGAGACCUUAAAUAACUUGGGGAUAGAAUUGCAGUCUCAAGCUGCUCAGCAUGGUCCCCAUGUCAAAAUAUCUGCUAUAACAGGAGUUGGCUUGCAAGAAUUGCUGGAACUCAUUGAUGAAAAGCUGAAGACACAGGACGAGACACUAAAGGCCCAGAAUGUAGUGGAAAGGGGUUUCUUUGAUAGAAAAUGGAGGCCUUCACGUACAGAUGAUGCUGGCAUGGCAGUUGAACAGUAACAAACUUACGUGGCCUGGUUAUCUUUGUUCUUGUUUCAAAAAUUACGUAAGCUAGAUGAAAGGUUCAAAUGGGUGUUAGUCUACGUCUGAACAACUCUCGGUCUAGUGCUUAAAACAUUUGUAAUCAUGAGGCAUGUAAAUAUGUUCUUGAAGGGACAUAGAAUUGAUGAAUCCUAUGGAGUAGAAAAGAUUUGGCAACAUAGACGAAGCAUGCUGCAUUCGAGAUGAUAAUGUAGCCAAUCAUUGUGAGGAAGAAAUGGAAGAGCAUUGAUAGCUGCGGCGGAAGAAAAUAUGAUGACUGGUUUACUGGGGAUAUGCAGUGGUACAAGCACCGAGAAAUAUGUAUCUGAACAGCCAGCACGCUGGUAUCUCAAGGAAGCUAGUCAGCCUGAAUUGGCAACUCGGGGGAAGGAGUAACAUGGCAUCUUCUUUGGGUAAGGAGUAUAUAAGAAUUUUGAACUCCUAGUUUUGGUAGCUCUUGAUUUUGCCCGUGGGUAUUAUUGACAUAUAAUAAUUUUAUUAUAGGUAGUAAAUUAUUAUCCUUAGUGUUCAAAUUUCUCA